AUGCUGGCGACCUUCGUUCUAUGCUCCAGUUUUCACAUUGGGCCCGUCGCUCGUGCUCCGUCCAGUCGCGUGCCGGCGACCUGCUGGAUGAACGCCAAGGGCGAGCCGAACGCCGAUAAGCUCGACCCGAAAAACAACCUGGUCGACCCGUCGCUGCGCCCCGAGCUGCCGACCGGCACGGCCUUCGACCCGGCGCAGCCGCUCGGGCUGAGUCCGUUCAUGGGCAUGCCGCACACCGCUCACAACGAAGAGGCCUUCAAGAAGAAGGCCAGGCCGGGCGAGGGCAAGGGCGCUGUCACGCUCGGAGGCUGGCCGCCCGUGAAGGGCAGCCUCGAGGAGCGGGUGGAGACGGCGCGGUCGGCGCACUCGAUGGCGGUGGAGCAGCGCACCGCCGAGAUCGUCCAGCCGGACCUCGCUCUCUUUUGCGCCGACGAUAUUGACGCCGAGGAGCUGACGCGACGCAAGGCGGGUGCGCGCGAGCGGGCGAUAGAGGAGGCCGCGACGCUGGGCGCGCUGGACCAGGCCUACACCAAGUACGCGGCGAUGGCCAAGGCGCAGCAGGAGGCGGAGGCCGCCGCCGCCGAGGCGGGGGCAGAGCUCGAGGCCAUUUUGCUGCGGCUCGAGGAGGAGAUGUACAGGUAG